AUGGAAGAGGAACGGCGCGACUUCGGCGUCGUCCGUGCGACUGUCACGGAGACUCUUGCAGCGGCCGCAGCGCAGGCUGCUAGCCAGCACCCAACGGAUCGUGUAGAUCCGGUUAUUACUCCAGAUCCAGAGAAACUUCAAGAAGGUCGACAGCAGCAGCAGUAUGAUAAGCCACCUGACGAAAAGAUUGUUCAAGGGAGUAGCGUCGACUCUCAAGAAGGCGUUUACCCUCCCUCGACGCUGAACGCACCACAACCGGUGCGUUCAGUAGUUGAAGAACCUGCGACAAGUGAAGAUAACGGAGCUGAGAACGUGAAUGUGGUUGGAGGCCGUACAUCAGGCAACGACGGGACAGCAGUCACAUCCGGAGAAGUGGGGGCACUGCCUGUCGAAGGGGAGGCUGGGAAUGACGCCAAUCCUACGGAACAGUCAGAAGUGGGGGCGACCCCAAAUAGAAUCGUGGAGACGAUGACUGAGGGAACAGUUGCAGAACCAGACGGCCUUCCAGUUGAUUCUGGGGAGCCUGUUGCAGGGGUAGAUGAGGUCGGCGAGGCGGCUGAGGCGGAGAGCGAUGGCAAGGAAAGCAACGACAGCGUUUGCAACGAGUGCGGAGGUGGAGGAGAAGUUGUGUGUUGCGAUGGAUGUGUCAAGUCUUACCAUGCAGACUGCCUGCCUGUAGUGGCCAGGCCCCGACUACGGGCCAAUGCUGACGACUGGUUUUGCCCAGACUGUGCUGCGACGGCUGUGGCACCGCAGCCGACUGCGACCGCUGUUCCGCCGAGUGUUACUGUCAAGCUGCCUCAGGCUUCAUCAGAUCCUCGUGGGUCUAAACAGAAUAUUGCAUCAGCCCCCCCGCCAGUGUAUCCCCCUCCUGCCCCAGCCGCUCCGUGGGCCCCGGUGCCGUCUUGCGUCCCAACCAGGCGGAGAAAGACCAAAGCCACAGAGGACUACGAAACCCGAAUCAACGUCGGGCCAAAUCACCAGGUACCCCAUCUCCCCGAUUUUUUCUUGGCGCGAGGAGACAGCGACUGUCUUUCGACUCUUGCAGAGCAAUCCCUAACUGACGGAGCGCAGAGUCAGGCGUUGGGGCCCUUGCUUGUCUAUUCCCCUUACCUUAUGGAGCGUUCAAAGCAGCAGUGCUUGGCUGAAAGAGCCACAAAAUCAUGCAUUACUUCGCAGAAGGACCUGGCUGAGUUUCUUAUUAAGUGCUCCAAAAGGUGGAAGGUCCGCCCUGGGUGGCAACCUUUCUCGCCAGAGUUUGCUUACAAGCUGCUACAUCGUGCCAACUACGAUCCUGAAAGAGCUUUACGGAUGAUGGAUGAUUCUGCAUUUUGCUUCCAAAGCGUGUGCGACCCACCGCUACGAAAGUACGAGAACAAAUGGAAGCGUAGAGACAAACGUGGCACGUUUCCGAGCUCGCCGUAUCCUCCGCCAGUAGUGGUGCGUGGUUACCUCAACGAGAAGCAGAAGCAGCUACGCAUGGGCCGGUGA